AUGACAGCCAGACAAGAGGAGAAGUCACUUGCCUCCAUCUCUCAGCGCGUAAGCGAUCGCUUCAAUGUCGUUGAUGAAGGCAUCAAGCAGCAUUCGCCUCGUUCGAGCACACUCAAGCACUUCCAAGACUUGCAUCAGCGCUUUACGCUAUGGGCUUUUCAUAUCUGUGCUUUACAGCUUGCAUCCAACGUCAGGAGCCUUGAACAUCGACUUCGGAAUGCACCAAUGCUCUGGGCUCGGUACUGGGAGCUCUUGCACGACAUUGAAGAGGAUCUUACAGACCUUUGGGACUGUUUGCAAGAAUGUAUGACAAGCCCCGAAAGCAGUGGAAAAGAACUUGGCCUACAGACCGGCGCUCCCUAUGAGAUCGACGAAGCUCUGGAGGGCAUCGAUCAGUCGAUUCGAUUCUUGUUCAAAAGUAACAGAAUCGCCUUGUCUUCUGAUAGCAGGGACCGCUAUUCAGUAGCAAUGGCAGCUGUUCCUGCUACCGAGGUCGACAGUGAGGUAGUCGACUUUGACACCAUGGGUGAUCUGUUCCCUCGUUUGCGUCCAUCUUCGCAUGACUGGUUACGGCGUAGACUGGCGACUGCUAAUAACAUGCGAAGGAGAUAUCUGAGAUACAGACAGUUGCGCCAUGACAAGCCAGUAUCUGGUAUUCGGAAAGCGGAUAGCGAUUUCGACGACUUGAACACAACAGCGUCAACCGUUGAAGCAUCUCUCAUACCAGAAGCGGCAACACGCCUUGAUCUUGACGACGUGGCUUCGAUCGUGUCCUACAAUACCGUCAGCAUGACUCCAGGGUCAAACAGCAUCUCAGUUCGAAAGUGUCCCUUCUGUGACUGGCAUACCAAAUUACAUUACGCCGGCUCCAAAGAGCAAGUCUCGAUUGACAGGUACAGGAGACACAUCUGUGCGCAUCUGGAACAGGUCGCAUCAGCCGUCAUUGGCGAGGCUGUGGACGAGAGUGAACAAGGUGGUUCAGACGCACAAGGCCAGCUGAACCGGGGCUUCGAUUUUGGCUCGGAAGAUGAAGGUCAGGAUGACACUUGGAGCACUACGACGGACGAUGAGGAUGUAACAUACCAAGGGAACGACUACGCCAGCCAGAGCCCGAUGUCAAGGGAUGCAAAGCAUACUGUUGGAAUUGACGCAAUCGAGACAGCCGCUGCUGAAGCCAGAAGACCCGUCUACCCCAAAGUCCACACUGACUACCUCGCCGUGGAAUCGCUGAAAUACUACGAUCUUCCGUGGGAGUAUGAUCGCCGUGACCCGAAAUACAUCAUCAUACUUCGCGACAUGGGGGAGAGGGAGACAGACUUGUUAUUCGAGCAUACACGUCGCCUGAGAGCAGGAAAGUUAUCUUGGAUCGGCGCAAGCAGGACAGACAAGCAAUUCGCGCUCCAUGAGGAACGUCGAAAAGCCGGAGCAAAAAGCUCUGCCGUCGCUCUUAGCGGACGCGAUCUCUCCCCUUCCAAAGAUGGAACGUCUGGAGAUCUUCGAGGGCGUCGUAGACGAACAAGUGCGAGCAGUGUCGCCGCACAACGUAGCUCAUUCCAUCCUAGGACUGGAACAUCUUCGAAAGAUCUCCUGGACCAGGACGAGCGUGGUGACGACCCCUGA